ACAUCUGUUCCGCCAUCACUUGUCACCGUGUCUUCUACAGCACUUUCCAGCACAGGCAUCUCCAUCCGCGCAUCCAACUAGCUUCAUAUUGAGAAGUACGCAUCUAUCGAAGGCCCAGGCAACCCACAAGCACUUCCGGCGCAUCCUAGUUCUGGCCGUGCCACGCGAUUCACAACUGGAGUCAGGCCGACGUGGAGCACCUGGGGCCACGAGGUAGUCAAGUGAGCGCCAGCAUUCGCCAUGGCCACGAUGGAAGCAACCAUGCCCGCAGCAGACACUCCACAAGCUUCAGCCAACGGCGUGAAUGGUCACAAUUUUGACACCACGACGAUGAAUGGAGAUGCCGAAGGAACUGUCGCGCCGGGUCUGAGCGCCGACGAAAUGGCCCUGUACGAUCGACAAAUUCGACUCUGGGGCGCGAAAGCACAAGAGCAGAUCAGAAGAGCCAAAGUUCUUUUGAUAUCUCUUCGCGCUGUUGGCACAGAGAUUGCAAAGAAUCUCACUCUCGCGGGCAUCCAGGAGCUCACCAUCGUUGACAGCGACGAAGUGACAGAAGAUGACCUUGGAGCUCAGUUUUUCCUGCGAGAGGAGGACAUCGGGAAGCCGCGCGCCGAAGCAGCCAUUCCGAGGAUACAAGAGCUCAAUCCACGUGUGAAGGUGAGAUCUGAAGGGAGCUUGCAAGAUCUCCUGAUGAAGGAUCAGACCUACUAUGCUCCAUUCAGCUGUGUGAUUGCCUGUGAUCACGACAUCAUGACCCUCUCAACUAUCAACACUGCUGCACGAUUCGCGAGCCGGCCCUUCUAUGCCGCUGGCAUUCACGGCUUCUACGGCUACAUUUUCGCGGAUCUGGUGGGCCAUGAGUUCGUGAUCGAGCGCGAGAAGUCGAAUGUGCCCACCACUAUCAAAGCAGAAACAAUGACUCGAUCUGUUGUCAGCGUCACGAAUCGGAAAGAGAACAACGGGAAGACCACCGAGAUCGUCAAGAAGGCUGAAGUCUACUGCCCUCUUAUCCUGGCCAACUCGUCGCCACUGCCGAUGGAAGUUAUGAGCAAUCGUAGGAAGCUCAAAGCUGUGUCGCCGCUCUUGCCUUGUCUACGCGCACUGUUCGAUUUCCAGCGCGAGCAGUCACAACUGCCAGACCUCAACAGGAAGGAGCACAUCAUCAGAUUCUCCGAGCUUGCCAAACAGAAGACUGCGGAGCUAUUGCUGCCUCCUGACACUCUCAACGGCGAGUUUUUGAAGAGCUUCAUGCAGAAUAUAGGCUCCGAGAUUACACCCACUGCUGCCUUUGUCGGCGGUCGCCUCAGUGAAGAUGUCAUCAACGUAUUGGGCAACCGUGAACAGCCAAUUCAGAACUUCGCUCUGUUCGAUGGCGACUCCCUCGAUGGCCGGAUCUACAGCUUGUACAGCAUGCCACCGGAGCUCAUGGCCUUUGACCCAAUGUUGCAGCCUCUUGAUGGCGGAAUGGUUGGCAUGACAGGUCAGCUUGACGCCACACAGAUCAAUGGUGGCAUGCAGACCAAUAGUGGCAUGCAAAACAAUGGUGGCAUGCAGAACGGAGGAGAUCUAUCGAACGUCAUGCCGCCUCCAAAUCCCAACAAUAACAUUGACAUACCGGACCCUGGCCAGCCCAACUAGGAGUCAUUAGCCCCAGGAGUUCAAUAUCGCACAAGGCAAGGCGGACCUUUGAUGCCGCCGAUGAUAGUGCAAGACUCUCGAGCAGGAACACUUUCAGGAGGGUCGUCUCAAGCUGUGGACCCUUUCGCUGCGCUAUAUAGCCGAUUAAGGCGCCUUCAAGAUUACCGUCCAGAUGAGAUCCUUGAGUUCAGAAGCGUAGGAGGAAGAGGCGUAUAUGGUU